AUGAUAGAUUCAAGGUUUUAUCAGCAGAAGUUGUGGGCUUGGCAACCGAUUCUCACUGCAAGCAAUAUCUGUCCAUAUUUCUACGUUGUUGCCAUUAUUUUUAUCCCCCUUGGAGCAUUCUUUUUAGUUACUUCAAAUGGGCAGAAAUUAGUUGUCUCGGAAUGUCAUUUACAUGACCGCAUCAUUAAAAUGUUUCCCAUUUUCUAUGUCUAUUUGAAGGGUCCUCUUUAUGUAUUCUAUGGACUAACAAAUUUCUUUCAAAAUCACCGUCGAUACGUUAUGUCCAGAGAUGACAACCAGCUAAAUGGAAAGGCAAUUACCGUUCCGAGCCCAAAUUGUGCUCCCUACCGCUAUUUUAACGACAGUGGUACUGAGAAAAUCAUUGCUCCUUGUGGAGCUGUAGCUAACAGCCUAUUUAAUGAUACCUUUGCUCUAACUUUGACGCAAAAGAAAGGACAGUCCAAUGCUGUCAACAAAAUAGUCAAAUUUUCCUAUGAAAACAUUGCCUGGAAGUCGGAUCGUGAUGUAAAGUUUGGGCGGCCGGCCAAUUGGGAUAACACAGCCAAACCUAUUAACUGGCCCAAACCUGUUCAAGAGGUCAACCCAAAUGCUUAUUCCGGUUAUUCCCAAUUACUCGUCUGGAUGCGAACUGCUGCGCUGCCAAAUUUUCGCAAAAAUUACGCGGAUAUCGUGCAUGAAAAUGAUUUUGCUGAUGGUUUGCCCGCUGGGGACUACGAAGUAAAUGUUUCAUACGCCUACCCAGUGACUCAGUUUAGUGGCACCAAACGAUUUAUCAUCUCCCAGGCAAGCUGGUUGGGUGGAAGAAAUCCGACUUUGGGUAUCGCCUAUAUUGUUGUCGGUUGCAUUCAUGCAAUUCUUGCCGUCAUUUUUACUGGAAUCCACUUCCAUCUCCGCAAAAGGUCAGUGCAUUUUACCGCAACUCAUAUUAUGCCUUAA